UGUUUGCCUUCAAUCAAUCUCUUCAAACGGUAAUCUAUUAGCACAGCAGCAACGCGGGCGCAAGCGAAAGCUUGCACUAUAUAUAGAGUUUGCGUUUGCUACACUUUCAUCAUAUUAAGCGAUCCAACCUUCUUUGUCAGCAACAAGAAAAGUGUAAACGGUUUAAAAGUUAAUAUGGCCAAUAAACUUUUUCUGAUCAGUCUGUUGUGCGUUGUUCUGGUAGCUAAAAUUGCCCAGGCCGCCCCGCAAUAUGCCCCGGGAGAGGAGCCUUCAUAUGAUGAGGAUACGGAUGAUAAGCUUAUCGAAAAUGAUACUUCCAUAACUGACGAAGACUAUGCUGAAAUUGAGGCAAGUCUUUCCCAAGCAUUCGGAACUGCUGCUGAUCCUGGCAGACGACUUGGAGAAGGAAAGAAACCCUAAAUGCAGUAUGACUAUCUCCACCGCACGAAUUAAUAGUUAUGAUUGUAAUUUCAAUAGAUUCCAAAAAUAAAUAAAAAUCCAUUUGAACUAUCUAUCAUUUC